GCAAAUAGCUUUUACGCCCACUGCUUAGCUACGAGCACCUGAGCUUAUCGACGGCAAAGAAGAGCAUUUCUAGGGCUGUUCGCGACCCCUCUCUAUUUCCACCGCAUGCGCAUAAAAGCUGCGGCAAGCACCACCACUGUCAUGAACUAGCAGCAUCUAGCGCGAAUCCCUCCCGGGCACCGCGAGGAAACUCCAUCAAGCGAAAGAAUUGCGCUAGCAGCAGAAUCAAGUUCUGCGCGCGAAGAGUGCUUGGUGCGGUCAAGAGCUACUAUGGCCACAUCACGGUCAAUCGCAAGUGCACCGGGGCUUGACUUCGGGCCGAGCCGACCGAUGCAGGACGCCUGGCGCCACACGCCCCGCAGCCAAGGCCACGGCUCUGAUGAGAGCGAGCCCUCCGCCGCCGCCCACCAACAGGAGCAGCAGGAGCCCGCCCCCAGCGCCUGCUGCUUUCCCCACAAGUCCUGCAUGCGCUGGUGCUAUGCCAGCCUAUCUGCUGGCUGCAGGAGCGCCCCCUGCCAGCUUUGCCAUGCCUACGACAACCACUGGCGCCCGCAGAAGCCGCCCGGCCUGCCCAAGGUGCCCAAGCUCGCGGCUCCGACCAAGCCCGCCGCUCCGACCAAGCCCGCCGCGGCUGCAAGCCCCAUCUCCAUCUCCAUCUCCACCGUCGACCGCAGCCCGACCACGCCGCGAUGGGGCGAUGAUGAUGAGGAUGAGGCUGACGGACUCGACCUGAGCGACCUCUUUGAGCAGACGCCCUGGAUGAAGCAGGGACUGGCGGAGCUCGCGGCGGCCGAGCAGCAGCAGGCGGAAGCCGCACCGGCCGCGCCCGCGGCAGCGUCAGAGUCUGACGGCAGCAGCAGCAGCAGCAGCAUUGUUCCUUGCGCGAGCAUUAGCAGUAGCGGUGGCGCGAGCGGUAGCUGGGCGGAUGAGGUCGAGGCGCACGAGGAGGCGGAGGCGGAGGAGGAGCUCGACCUCGGGUCGCUCGCAGAUUGGUUGAAGGAGGGCCUGGCGGAGCAGGCGGCGGUGGCAGCUGGCAGCGGCACCGGCGGCACCCCCAGCGGCCGCCGCUGGGCGGAUGACGUUGAGGAGGAGGACGGUGAUUUCGGCGCCUACCUCGCCUCGCUGUCGCCCUGGAUGGCGGCGGAGCUGGCGGCGAUGGGGAAAGCAGAGGCCGAGGGGGAGUGCGUGCCGGCGGCGGCCGAAGUGGAGAAGGAGAAGGCCGUUGUCACUGAGCGGGAGGACGCGCCUGACUCGCCGCUCAGCUCGUGCUGCUGCGCCGUGCCGGACAGCGCCCGCACCAGCCGCAGCGCCAGCAGCUGCAGUCUGGUCUGGGUGGCGGCGGCGGCAGGCAUUGAGACGCCGCAGCAGGUGGAGUCGGUGGAGGCGGCAGUGGAGGAGCAGAGCGCUGACAAGGAGGCCUGCACCGCCGCCGGCAGCAGCAUGGGCAGCUGUGUCGUUCCGCCGAUCGCGGCGGUGCAGCAGGGUGAUGAGUGGCAUUUAGCUGUGAUGCCCUCGCGCCUGCGCCUGGCGAUCGAGCUGGCGGCGGCGGCGUGGGCCGAGCAGGCGCGGGAGCUGGAGGAGUUUGCCGCGUUGGAGCGCGCGUGCGGCUGCUACUGCUCACAGCAGCAACUGUCCGUGGACGCGUAAGAGCCGAAGGCCGUGCCGGGCAGUGCAGAUGUCCUGUGGCCUGCGGGUAUGGCAACACGACAACAACAAUGCAGCGUGUGCCGCCGCGGCCCCUGCGCGCGCGGGGUUAAGUGCAACAGGAACACCUGCCUGAUAGCACACAGCGAUACCAACGCCGAUACAUUUUUGGACAUAGCUAAUGGCUAACUACUGGUAAUGAGAAAACCGCUCAACUGAAGCGCAGGAAAUCACUGCGCCCGACAUGUGUGCUGUAGGGCUGUUAAUGUGCUGUUGCCGCUUUAUCUUAUCAUGUUAUGCCAAGUGCUGUUAUGCUGAUAUGCUCUGAUGCCAAGUUCUCAAUGCUUAUCGAGAGAGAUGCUGUCCAGAGCAAAGUGACUGCGUGCAUGCUGGGAACAUGCAGAAGUACCGUAGCGGAGUGCUAUGUGAGUGUUCACAGAUGAUGGUUAAUAGCAGACCUUUUGGCUUCUCAUUCGUAGUACGGUAUUGAGACCCGUAUUGCCAACCAACCUGUACAAAGGAUCCGGGUUCAAAACGUUUAUACUAGAAAGGGCUGCAAAGGUCAACGGUUUGGAAUGGCGACGUGCGUGGUGCAGGUUUGAGAUGCGUAAAUCGAUGAAUACGAUAUGCCGGCUUGCCCACAUGGGCACGCCCACAGGGCAGGGGUGCACAAUCACCCGAGAGGCAAUUGAUUCGGGGCGCAACUGGGCGUGUGAUUGCUUGAUGAAUCUUGGAGAGUGGUUUGCCGGGUGAGUCAAGAGUUUGCCCGAAUGGUUUUAGUGCUUGCGUGCGGCAGCUAAGGAUCCAUCCAUGAUUGAUUGAUAGUGCGACCUUGUGCCAUUGAUUCUUAUCAGACAACGUGCUGAUAGCUAGACCUCGCAGCCCCGUUAAAGAUAGUCAACAUGGGCCUCAGCGUGUGCUGAGGCUGCAGUAGCAAGCCUUCAGCAAACCACGGCAGCGGCGCUGCGCCGGGCAUGGACAGUGCGUGAAAGCUGUGUUCACGUUUUGUCGUUUUGAAGGCGGUAGCUCUUGAUGACUGUCGUCAUGUGUAACGUUGUGCACCAAGGUUUGUAGUGCAUGGGUUGUGCUGUCAAUGUAUAACUAUGAGGUUGUAAUUGAAGCACGGUGUGCACCCGAGCUACCGUAUGGGGUGCUGCCAACCCUCAAGAUACCGUGCUGGGCAGGGGAGGGGGGUAUGCAACUCGGCCUGGAUCCAGCCCGGGCUGCAUGGGACCCGGCCAAAAGGUGUUCGGAUCCCCCAGCGCCUGCUCCUGAGACUUUAUUAUUGUAACCUGGACAAAUGUGUAGUCAUAUGAACCGACAGGUGUCGCUAGGAAUGGGGCGCAGGCCCCCCUGUAACAUUUCGAGUGU